UGUAUAACAAUAAAGAAUUUACAUAAAUAAAAAUGUUACAAGCAUUUCGAUAACGUGAUGAAUUUGCGUUUCCACAAAACAACUUGAGAACAAUAACCAAACUGUAGCAAAGUUUUAAACGCUGUUGAACUGUUCAAGUUCGAGUCUAAUCUUAGAGCAAAAACAUGCUCGUCGAGCCAAUCGGAUCGUCAUUUUCCCUUCCCGUUCCAUUCAUUCAUGCGGCUAUCUUGACUGAAACCGUUCGCUAUCUCUGUUUACUGGUGUGCCGUAGAUUCUGUUGAUGUGCGUGUGUCAAUCGUUUAAGAACUUUUUAAAUAUUUUCGUGUAAAAACAAUCGUUUUCGGUGUAGUUUUCGCUUGGAAAUUAAGCCCUUAUCCUCCAGCUUAAGUUAAGAUGGAGCUGGAAGGGUACGAAGUGUACGACUACAGUUUAGAAGAUCAAAACUUUUAUGAUGCCGAUCCACCAAAAAAGUGUCAACCCAAAAGACGGGUUACUUUCAAAAGGCAACUGGCUAAGUGCGAAGAAGCAGAGUACACAGCAAUGGUUGUACUCAAACAAGAAGUGAUGGAUGACUGCGACGAUGUUUUUGUGCCAACCCCAAAAUCAUUGGGAUCAAUUCAGAAAGUGCCCUCCUUGAGUGAUUUAUCUGAUCCGGAAGCGUCUUCUGGUAAGUUUAAUAACAAAUGUUUUGUUCUUCUUGAUUUUCUGGUAUCGCAAAAUUGAUGUAUUGAAAUACAG